AUGUGGUCAGGUGUGGUGAGCUAUACAUUUGCUGGUGGACAGAUGCACUUUGCUCCUUUUGUUGCCAUAUUACAGAAUGCGCUGGCGGUUAUCCUGUCGCUCUCAGCAGUGAUUGUUGCAAGUUCCGCUGAUGCUUUUACUUCUGAUUUAAAUGGCAGGACCGAAGAUAGCAGCUACACACGGCACAGACAGCCUGCUGAAAGUGGUGCAGUUCAGAGGCAGGGAAAGAAUGUUCAGAAUGACCAAUGUGCCAAGUUUGUGUCCUGGGACAGUAACAGUACCUCUUGGGUUGAGACGUGUCCUGCUGGCAGGUAUUCUGCUGCUGGUGUUGCUGGUGCUGCUUCUUUGAGUAAGUGUCUCGAGUGUUCAGAGGUGUGUGCUACCUGCUCUGAUCUAAGAGUUUGCACGUCUUGCAGUCCAAACUUCAUCCUUCAAAACGGAGGCUGCUACAGGAGCUGUAUGACUGAAUAUGUAGAGCUACAGCGAAACAAGGGUCCCAGGGCAAGUGUUCGACUCAGCUCCAGUGCUUCAGAGAAUCUGCAUUCGGUGUCCGUCCAACACGGUCGACUAGAAGUGCUCGAUGUGGACGGCCACUGGGGAACUGUGUGUAACAAGAGCUUUUCUCGGCAGUCAGCUGAUGUCGUGUGCAGGCAGCUGGGUCUGGGAAUCGCCGCGGCCAUUACAAGCGGCACGCACCCGAUUGUUGGCCACGGGGCGCCCAUCAAUCGUGCCGGUAUCAAUUGCACUGGGAACGAGAGUUCCAUACUAGAAUGUCCAGCACAGCAUCGCAAUGCUGUGUUCUGCAGUCAUGUUGAAGACGUUGAAAUCAAAUGUUCCGGGCCUAAUACGAGCCGAUCCUGCAUCAAGCCCCCCUGUCUGCGUGGAUUCCGCCCCAUUGAAAACGAGCAAGGCCAUGUUAUCAGCUGCGAGGCAUGUGACAGCCGGUGCAUCACGUGCAGUGGCGCAUCAGGGAACUGCUCCGAGUGCUCGUUCGGACUAUUUCUCAGCCGGCCGGCAGGAAACGGAAGCCGAACCUGCGUCGUCAACUGUGAGGAUGGCUUUUACGGCAAUGUGGCGAGAAAGCAAUGCCUUCCGUGUUCUCCAUCUUGUCUUGCAUGUGUAAACAGCCCGACCGGCGGGGAUUUCGUGUGUACAACAUGCAAGUCGAGUGCUGAGUAUCCGCUGGGUGCAGUGUGUGUGGCCGCCUGCCCGAAUCAUACGUACGUGGACCGGCCGUCGAACGCCUGCAGGCUGUGUUCGGAGAAGUGCUUGACGUGUGCGGACGGUUAUGGCAAUGGCACCUGCACCAGCUGCCGGACUCCGCUGGUUUUGGACAGGACUUCGUCGUGCGUGCAGCGCUGUGCACCGCCGCGGUUUGCACUGCACGGCCGCUGUGUGGCGACGCAGUGUCCGGAUGGCUACUAUGAAGACAUGGCCAACCAGGCCUGCCGGACAUGUCCGGCCCUGGAGUCUUGCCUGAGCUGUGCCAAUGCGACGCACUGCGCUCUGUGCCAGUUCCCAGCUCUGGAGGAACGCGGCAAGUGCGUGCAGCGGUGCUCGCCCGGUUUGCACGCAGAGGAUAUUCUUCCCUCGAGGCAGCGCGCUCGUCUUGUCGGUGGUACUUCCUUUGCCGCUGGCCGAGUGGAGAUCUUCCAUGCCAACCAAUGGGGAGCUGUGUGUGAUUUCACUUGGGGCCUGCCGCAAGCAAUGGUGAUAUGUCGUCAGCUUGGGUAUGGCAAUGUAACCAUAGCCUUACUUCCCAGGAUGAAUACAGACUUUUCUCCAGUCUGGCCUGCUUCUAUCAGGAGUUGUCGAGGUGACGAGUCAACGUUAUUGAGCUGCAAUCUCGGUAGAUUGGACACCCAGCGCUGCCACGAUAGUACAGAUUUCGCACGUGUAGUGUGUGGCGAUGCGACGGUAAGGCGUUGCAUCAGCCAAUGCCCCCAUGGUCACUAUGGGUCUCCAUUGACCGGAUGCAAUCGAUGUGCUGCUUACUGCCAGACAUGCCAUUCUACGCCGUCGAACUGCACCGACUGCUACCAGGGAUACUACCGGCUGAACUCUAAGUGUUUGGGGAACUGUCCGGACGGGUACUUUGCCGACAGUGUCAACAACGUCUGCACACCGUGUAGCAGUGAAUGUGCAUGGUGCUCUGGCGCUAGUACUAAUUGCACCGGUUGUGGCCUAGGCAAGUACCUGCAGAACAAUACCUGUGUGGCAAAGUGCGGCACCAAGUUUAUACAGGAUUCUCAACCGGAAAUACGCUUAACCCAACUAACUUCCUUGUUCGAGGGAAUCCUAGAAGCUUACUUUGAGGGACAGUGGAGACCUAUUUGUUACGACGGGAAACCUCCAUCUCAGUUCGGACAGAGAGUCUGCCGGGAGUUAAAUCUUGGCAUUGCUCUUAAAACAAGUGAGAGUCCACGCAAUUUUUACGAUAUGAGCGUAUUGAAAGUUUUUCAUUGUUCCACAUGGGACAGAACGAUCACGGAAUGCAUUCACUUUGCUAACAGCUUCUGUUCGUAUAACUAUGUGAAGGUAAAAUGCAGUGGACCAGACACAUCGCGACGAUGUCUGCAGCACUGUCCCACUGGUCAUUCGGGCUGGUCUGACGGCCGUUGUCACCAAUGUCAUUUCUCUUGUGCUGAGUGCUUCGACCGUUCAGACUUCUGUACCAAGUGCAACUAUGGAUACGUAGCCGAGGCAGGCGAAUGCAAGGUAUCUUGCAGCUCUGACUUUUACAACGACCGUGGUGCAUGCGUGCAAUGCCAUUCAUCCUGCCUUCAUUGCAACGGGAGAAGUGAAACCGACUGCAUUGAGUGCAAGCAUGGUGAGUUCUAG